AUGACAAACCUCCAAGUAAUCCUCUCGCCCGUCCCUCCCUCCGCCACUCCCCCCAUCAGCCUCCCCAUCAACAUCGCCAUCCACAACCCAGCAGCGACCCCAGUAACCUUCCUCAACUGGGGCACCCCGUUCGACCCCAAAGCCAACCUCCUGGGCGUCUUCCAGAUCAACGACACCACCGCCGAUCAGCCCAUCACCCUCGACACCAUCAAGUUCAACCGCCAGCUGCCUCCUUCGCGGGACGAUCUGGUCGAAAUCCCCGCCGAGAGCUCCAUGGAGCGCACGAUCACCAUCCCGCAUGUGCCACUAGAGGAAGGACACGAGUACGCCGUGCAGGCAAAGGGCAUCUGGCAUGGGAUCUGGGAGUGUCCCCGCGACCAAGUAACGGAUUCGCAGCUGCAGCAGCUCGACCAGAGGGGGGAGUUUGAGUCCGAGCAGGCCGUGUUCAAGCGAAACAAAGAAAUGGUUGCUUAUAUUGAUAUCCCCACCGACGCAGCCCGCGUGCUCUCCGUCUUCUUAGCAGGCGGGAUAGCCAUCAUCCCCUCGAGCGUCGGCUACGGGAUCGUAGCCACGGAGUCUACCGCGCUACAGCGCAUCUACACGGUGAAGCGUCGCCAGCCGCACAAGCGCCAUGCUAUCAUAGGCAGCUACGCGCUGCACCGCGAGAUACACGUCCUCCCGCCUGACAGAAUGGAUCUCGUGCGCUUGCUCACGGUUGACCUAAACUUCCCGCUAGGGGUGAUCGCUCCGUACCGGCGGGACCACCCGUUGAUUGCGAGACUAGACGAAGAAACACUGGCGGCGAGUUCGAUGCAUGGCACCAUGGCCAUGCUUGUUAAUGGGGGUCCAUUCCAGGAGGAGCUGGUACGGGUGGCUGCUGCCGGCGGGAGGGCGGUGCUUGGCUCGAGUGCGAAUCUGACAGGGCAGGGGACGAAGACGAUGGUGGAGGAGAUUGAGCCGGAGAUUCACGAGGCGGCGGAUAUUGUGGUUGAUUAUGGACGGGUGAGGGAUUGCUGGCCGCGGGCGAGUUCGACCAUGGUGGAUUUCGAGAGUAUGCGGGUGGUGCGCGUUGGGGCUUGCUAUGAGGUUAUUCGUGAUGUGGUGCAGAGGUUUGCCGGUAUGCAAUGGCCGGAUCCAAGUGUCAGAUGA